AUGANUAAUGCAAAACUAUGGUAUGACACACAUAAGCAUACCAUUGAUGAUUGGAUAACACUAAAAAACAAAUUAACGACCUACUUCAAACUUGUAACUGGUAGUGAUCAAUUUCAACUGGAACAAAAGCUCUACAAUCGACGACGACAACCAAACGAGUUGGCAAUUGAUUAUUAUCACAGUGUCCUUAAACUCUGUUCAAAAGUUAAUAAACUAAUGGAUGAAGAAACUCGACUCAAACAUCUCACCAAAGGACUCAAUCCAGCAGCUCAAUUACACAUGGAUUUGAAGAAACCUGGUACUACUGAAGAGUUUUUUGAAGCUCUUAUCAAGUACGACAAAUGGCAAGAAGAAGAAAAAUCCCAACGGAAAAUUAUGACAUCGUCUGAUCAGCGUAGAAAUAUAUCAACAAGAACAAUGCAACAUUCUGUAAUGCAACGAGAACAAUAUUCUACAAAUCCAAGACAACAACACAAUUAUUCAUCACAACAAUAUCAAUCCCAUUAUCCAACACCUGGUCCAACUCAGAUGCAAUACAACCGCGACAAAAACUACAGUGGAUUGCGUGAUGGUCGCAUUUCCUUUUCAAAAUCACAACCAUCACUUAUAACAAUUAGUACACUUGUCAAUGGUAAACCAAUUCACGCCAUGGUUGAUACAGGAGCAAUUACAUCACGCAUCUCACAAUCUGAACUGAAUCAUAUUCCACACAUAACAAUUCAACCGAUUCAAACAACGGCAACACUCGGUGAUGGACAAACCAAAAUAAUGGUUAAUAGUGUAGUCAAAUUAAAUGUCACCAUCAAUCAUAUUACCACCAUCAUUACAGUUCUUGUGGCCGAGUCAUUAGGUGCUAAUUUAAUUCUCGGCAUGGGCUGGUGUAACUCAAAUUAUGUGAACGUGAAUAUUGGUAAAAAACAAGUGGAGAUCAAUCACCCACAGCAUGGAACUACAACAACACCAUUCCUUGAAGUUGGCUCGGUCGAGAUUCCGAUAGAUGAAUCAGAUAUCCAGAAGACGGCUAUAGUUACUCAAGAUGGUCUAUAUGAAUUUACAGUGCUAGCCCAAGGACUUAUGAAUGCUCCGCCUACAUUCCAGCGGGUGAUGAAUGAGUUACUAGCAAACGGACGAUGGGAUUAUGUGGUCGUUUAUUUAGAUGAUAUUGUCAUCUUUUCAAAAACAAUUGAACAGCACAAACAACAUGUGGCCGACGUUAUCUCAACACUCCACAAAGCCAAUUUUCAAGUGUCACCGCGCAAGUGUUCAAUUGCCGUCGAGAAAAUUGAAUUCUUAAGCCACAUCGUUACAUGUGACAAAGUUGAACCAUCACCAGACAAAAUUAAAGCAAUUGUUGAUAUUGUCCCACCAAAAACUCUUUCACAAGCCAACAAAUUUAUCGGUAAAGUUGGUUAUUAUCGUAAAUUUAUUCGUGAUUUUGCAAAAAUUGCCGUGCCGAUACACAAGGUCACCAAUAAGACCCGAACAAAAAAACAUGAAUUCCAUUGGGACCCAACACAGCAAGAUGCUUUUGACAAGUUUAAAUCAAUACUGACAACUGCACCGCUGUUCCUCAACUUUCCUGACUGA